GGAUGAGAACACUCUUUCUUUUCCUUCUUCUGGUCUGCGUAAGUGCUGGCCUGCUCGAUCUGAACAAAAUAAACCAACUUAAGAGACGGCUGGCUGAAUUGCAUUCGGAUAUAGACGUUGAACGUCAACUUGCAAUUCGUAGAAAGCUGGAUAGAUAUGCGAAAGUACCGAAGUUGAAUCUGCAACAGCAAAAUAAUCUCAGAAAAAGGCUGAAGGCACUGAAACCUAUCCAAUGGACGGAAGAUAACUCGAUUGAAGCUGUAAACGAGAAAAGUGGAAUGUCUGAACUACUGUAUCAAGGAGAUAUAAUCCUAACAGAAGCGCAAGCUAAUGAGAUAAUUGCGGAAGAAAAUGGUACACGUCCACGAAGACAAGCAGAUGACAACCUAGGCAAAUGGGAUAAACGCUUGUAUUAUUCUUUCGACUCUAGUGCAACUGAAGAAAUGAAGGCUGCCGCUCGAAAAGGAACAAAAUUGUGGAACGAUACUACAUGCAUCGACAUGAUUGAAAGCGAUAGCGCUCCCGAACGUGUAGAAGUUUAUCGUGGAGAAGGAUGCAGUUCUUUAGUUGGAAACGGACACAGAGUGCAACAGCUUUCUCUGGGUGAUGGAUGUGAACAUUACUGGAUUGCUGCGCACGAGUUUGGUCACGCUCUCGGGUUGCACCACACUCAGGCGAGGUAUGACCGUGACAACUACGUCUCCAUCGCUACCGAAAACAUCAAGGAUGGUCGUGAGAACAAUUUUAACAAACAAAGCAAAAAAUCAUCUAAUAACUAUGGCCUACCCUAUGACUUCGGCAGCAGGAUGCACUACACAGGAUAUGCUUUUGCGAAAGAUAAAAUGAAGCCAACGAUAAUACCUCACGAAGAAUAUGAAAAUUACCUCGAAACGAUGGGCUCACCAUUUUUGAGUUUCUAUGACGUACGUCUCAUGAACAAAUUCUACGGUUGCCUCGACAAAUGCGCAUCUAUUCACUCGGCUGCACAAUGCAAAAAUGGUGGCUAUCCAAAUCCUCGAGAUUGCUCCAAAUGCAUUUGUCCGCAUGGAUUCGGUGGUGCUGUUUGCACCGAAAGACCAAACACCUGCGGUGCAACUGUCAAGGCUCUUUCCGAAAAGCAAAGUAUUGAAGACACUUUGGGAGAUAUAAAUGACGCAACAUCACGUGAUGAAUUCGAUAUGUGCUACUACUGGAUUAGGAAUCCUCAGAAAAAAACAGUCGAAUUAACAAUCACAGACCUUGUUAUUAAAUUUAAGAAAUCAGGCAUGACAUAUGCAACUUCCGAUGUGGGCUGCACUUUAGGAGGAGUUGAGAUCAAAGCACAGACAGAUUACAAGAACAGCGGCUACAGAUUCUGUAGCAUGCAAAACAAGGGGAAGAAAAUUUAUUCAUCAAACAGCGUUAUUCCUGUCAUACUUUACAGCCGCAAGGGAGCUACUGACCUCCAGUUGGACUAUCGCACAAUCAAUGCACCGAUGCAGACAUGGGUCAUGGGUGUGGUGCAAGAGGAACGAUAG